CUGUCUCGCGUUGUCCUGUCUGUCCCACUUCUGUCUCUCUGUGAGGCUGCCAGCCUCUGAAGGUUCCUGAAGGCUGGGGGCUGGGAGAGGUGGGGGUCCCAUGGGCAGAUGGCCUAGCCUCCUAGUCGCUCACCAACCUGCUUCCAAGGGAAGUGACCAAAUUAGGGAGCUUGGCCCAAGGCCCGCCCAGGGUGGCUGGCCCCAGCCCGUCCGGGGUGCCUGCGUGUCUUGUUUGUGAACAUGCUGUGUGUAACCAUUUCUCUGCCCUCAUCGAGGAAGAAGCAAGGAAAGGGGCAAGGUGCCUUGGCCCCGGCUGCCCUCGAAGUCAUCAGGAUGUGGUCCCUACCGGCCGCCCUCUCCCUGCUCCUGCUGCUGCUGCUGCAGGCACCCCCUUGCAGUCUGCAGUCGCCGAACCCCGCGAAGCUGCGGCUGGUGGGUCCAGGGAGCAGGCCAGAGGAGGGCCGCCUGGAGGUGCUCCACCAGGGCCAGUGGGGUACCGUGUGUGAUGAUGACUUCGCUCUCCAGGAGGCCACCGUGGCCUGCCGCCAACUGGGCUUUGAAACAGCCCUGACCUGGGCCCACAGUGCCAAGUAUGGUCAAGGGGAGGGACCCAUCUGGCUGGACAAUGUGCGCUGUAUGGGCACAGAGAGCUCCCUGGACCAGUGCAGGUCCAAUGGCUGGGGUGUCAGUGACUGCAGCCACUCAGAGGACAUCGGGGUGGUGUGCCACCCCCAGCGCCACCGCGGCUAUCUUUCUGAGAGAGUCUCCAAUGCCCUUGGGCCCCAGGGCCGGCGGCUGGAGGAGGUGCGGCUCAAACCCAUCCUCGCCAGUGCCAAGCGGCACAGCCUGGUGACCGAGGGGGCAGUGGAGGUGAAGUACGAGGGCCACUGGCGGCAGGUGUGUGACCAGGACUGGACCAGGAACAACAGCAAGGUGGUGUGUGGCAUGCUGGGCUUCCCCAGCGAGGCACCUGUCAAAAGCCUCUACUACAGGAGAGUCUGGAAUUUGAAGAUGAAGGACCCCAAAUCUAGGUUGAAGGGCCUGACACAGAAGAAUUCCUUCUGGAUCCACCGGGUCAACUGCCUGGGGACAGAGCCCCACCUGGCCAACUGCCAGGUGCAGGUGGCCCCAGCUCAGGACAAGCUGCAGCCGGCCUGCCCGGGCGGCAUGCACGCUGUGGUCAGCUGUGUGGCGGGGCACAAGGAGUCCCGGGCAGAGCAGGAGCUGAAGGUGCGCCUCCGCUCGGGGGCCCAGGUGGGAGAGGGCCGUGUUGAGGUGCUCAUGAACCACCAGUGGGGGACGGUCUGCGACCACGGAUGGAACCUCAUCUCUGCCAGCAUUGUGUGCCGUCAGCUUGGCUUUGGCUCGGCUCAGGAGGCCCUUUUUGGGGCCCAGCUGGGGCAGGGCUUGGGACCCAUCCACUUGAGCGAGGUGCGCUGCAGGGGUUCUGAGCGGACCCUCAGUGACUGCCCCUCACUGGAGGGGUCCCAGAAUGGCUGUAAACAUGAGAAUGACGCUGCCGUCAGGUGCAACAUCCCUGACAUGGGCUUCAAGAAUCAGGUGCGCCUGGCCGGCGGGCGCAACCCCCAGGAGGGUGUGGUGGAAGUGCAGGUGGAGGUGAACGGAGUCCGGCGCUGGGGGGCCGUGUGCAGUGACCACUGGGGGCUCACUGAAGCCAUGGUGGCCUGCCGACAGCUCGGCCUGGGUUUUGCCAACCAUGCAAUCAAGGACACCUGGUACUGGCAGGGGACGCCAGGGGCCACCGACGUGGUGAUGAGCGGCGUGCGCUGCUCGGGCACAGAGCUGGCCCUGCAGCAGUGUCAGAGACAUGGGCCGGUGCUCUGCUCCCACGGCUCAGGGCGCUCCUCGGCCGGGGUCUCCUGCACAGACAGCGCUCCAGACCUGGUGAUGAACGCCCAGCUCGUGCAGGAGACCGCCUACCUGGAGGACCGGCCGCUCAGCCAGCUGUACUGCGCGCACGAAGAGAACUGCCUCUCCCGGUCUGCCGACCACAUGGACUGGCCCUAUGGCUACCGGCGCCUCCUGCGCUUCUCCUCCCAGAUCUAUAACCUAGGCCGGGCCGACUUCCGUCCCAAGACAGGACGCCACAGCUGGAUUUGGCACCAGUGCCACAGGCACUACCACAGCAUCGAGGUCUUCACCCACUAUGACCUCCUCACUCUCAACGGCUCCAAGGUGGCUGAGGGGCACAAGGCCAGCUUCUGCCUGGAGGACACACACUGCCCCCCAGGACUGCAGAAGCGCUAUGCGUGUGCCAACUUUGGGGAGCAGGGAGUGACUGUCGGCUGCUGGGACACCUACCGGCAUGACAUCGAUUGCCAGUGGGUGGAUAUCACAGAUGUGGGCCCUGGGAAUUACAUCUUCCAGGUGGUUGUGAACCCCCAGUUCGAGGUGGCGGAGUCUGAUUUCUCGAACAACAUGAUGCGGUGCCACUGCAAGUAUGAUGGGCACCGGGUGUGGCUGCACAACUGCCACACAGGGGAUUCCUACCGAGCUAAUUCAGAGCUCUCCCUGGAGCAGGAGCGUCUCAGGAACAACUUCAUCUGAAGCCAUGACUGCACACUUCCGGCUGCUGCCCACACACCAGAUACCUCAGCUUACUGGAGCCAUGCCCUUCGCAGAGCCCUAACUCAGAGGGAAAGGGGUCAGUGCCAAGGGGCACCAAGAACUGCUCAGGAAGCCUUUUGAUGGCAAGGUCACCAAACCAAAAUGGUACUGUUCCCUCAGGAGGACUCUGGGCCUGUCCCCUAAGGGCCUUUGGUCUAUGGUCUCUGGCCUCCAGGCUUUGUUGAGCUGAGCUCGUCUUCCACAAGGAGACCCAGUCCUUACUGGAUCUUGCCCCAGAGUUCCUGAUUCAGGAGCAAUUAGAGAUGGACUAUGGCUCAGUCCCCCAUUUGAAUGGUGCUUUGCAAAUGUCUUGGAGGAGUAGGGGACAAAAGGAUAAAAAUACACGGAAGAUAGGAUUAACUCUGCUAAAAGCUCAAAGUCACAACUGGCAGAGAUGCUGAUGAAUCCAGGCCCUCAUUUGGUCUGUGCUCAUUUAGAACUCACCUGUUAUUCCUAAGAAUCCACUCUAGUGCCUUUACCUUUAUCCUACCACACAUAUGGGUGUUUCUAUGCUUCUGGAAGCAUAGGCCUCAGGCAUCCCCUUAUCUCCUGAUGAGCCAAUACCACCAGUUACUGAGUGCUUGAGAAGGGGCAGGAUUUGCAGAGCUGGCCAGAUGAGGCCUUCCUACAGAACAGCAAGAGAAGGCCAAGCAGAAAGAUUGCUGCGGUGGUAUGGACUCCAGCCCCUGCCAUGGCCUCUGCCAUGGAAAAAAUAUAUAUAUGCCAUUCCCCUGGCAGGCAAUCCAGUCUCCCUCAAGAUCAUUGUACGUCUCAGGGCUGGCCUAAAUUUCAGGUCUCAACUAAGCUUCUGGAGUGAACUUCGCAUGGAAUAAAUUAGAUACACAUAAGAGAUGAUUUUUACAGGUUUGAUGCUCUAAUCCCAAUAAAGGUUGCUCACUAUGGA